UCGGUAAUUUAAUGUUAUUAUUGUUUAUUUAUGUUUUAUUUAUGCAUCUCUAUUUUUUAACUUUUAUAUGUUUUUUUUUAGUUGUUUUGCUGGUAGAUCAGGUGUUGUCAAUCCUCCGCUUGAUCUUGGGUGUGAUUUACUGUCAAAAAAGAGUUUUUUUCAUACUUUGAAUUAUGUUGGUGGCGAACUUUCUACCAAUCAUAUCGACAUCAUCUUUUAUUACUUGAGAAAGAAGCGUCAAUUGCUGAAUAUUACUAAGUCAAACUUCUCAACCACUGAUACCAUCUUCAGUCAGGUUUUACAUGCAGAAUAUCAUUCUUUUUUGACAUCUGGGUUGGCUGAAAUUAAAGUUUGUGCUGGAAAUACUAUUCUGGAAUACUAUUUGGGUAAAGGAUGCAGAUAUGGUAAGACUUUAGUGGAUGACCUUCUUUUCCCUGUGAUUGUUUUGGAUCCAAACCAUUGGAUUCUCGCGCGGGUUAAUUUUGAAGAGUGUAAGGUCUAUGUUUACAAUUCCAUGAGGGAUGAGACGAUGGAUGCGACUGUGGCAAGUUAUAUGAAGUGUUUUAGUGACUAUCUUCCAAAGUAUUUGAAAAAGUUUGAUUUUUAUUCGAUGAGGAAUAGUCAGGCAUCAUUUGCUCUGUGUUCUAGUUUUGACAGCAGAUACAAUCCAUUUACUGUUGUAAAUGUUGCUGAUUUGCCAAUUCAAAGCAAUAGUGAUUGUGGAGCAUUUGUCUGUUUAUUUGCGGAGUAUUUCAUUGAUUCGAAGCCUAUUCCCCCAACAUUUUCUGGACAUAAAAUGGAAUUGUACCGUAACUGGCUUACUCAAGAUUUGGUUAAAUAUGGGAGGUGGAAGAUUGAAAAGGGGUAUUCAAGUAAUGCUGAAGGAACUGUCAAACUUCGACGAGAAUUGAGGAAGAAGAAAACCUAAAAUAGUUUUUUAUAAUGUUUGAACUGAUGUGUUGUUUUUAUGUUUAGUAUUUUUUUUUUAUUUUUAGGAUGGUUUUAAUUUGUAUUAGACCUACUUAUGUUGUUCCUUUAUAUUGUUUUAAGUACAU